AUGGUUGAAAUAGGAGCCCCUCAAAAGUCAGCCGAAGAGAGUUUGGAGAAUGCCGAAUGGUAUUGGGGUGAUAUCACUCGAGAUGAAGCCACAGAGAAACUCAGAGACACCUGCGAUGGCACCUUCCUGGUGCGCAACGCAUCUAACAAAGAUAGUGGUUAUACUCUGACAGUGAGGAAAGGGGGCAUGAACAAACUUAUCAAAAUCUAUAAUCAUGAGGGGCGCUAUGGAUUUUGUGAACCAUUUGAUUUCAAAUCUGUGGUGGAGCUUGUUCGCUUCUACAGAGAGUUCUCACUGGCACAUUGCAAUAGUAGUCUUGACAUCAAACUUAUGUACCCUUUGUCUAGACUCGUUGAAAAUGAAGGUGAAGAAAAUAUGAGUGAUGACACCCUCGAAACUAAGUUUAAGGAAAUUCACAAAAGAUAUGUAUUAAAAACAAAAGACUUUGAGGGUCGCUCUUACAAAUAUACAAUAUUAAGGGAAGAAGUUAAUAGAAAGAAGCAAGCACUAGACGCCUUUAAAGAAACAGUUAGAAUUUGUGAAGAACAUUUAAAGUUACAAGAAAAGAUGCAAGCUGAAGCACAACCACAUGAAAAAAAUACUGUAUUAGAAAAUAAUAGGAAUUUAAUAUCUAGAGUCCAUAGCUUAAGGAAAGCUAAAACAGAAUUGAAUGAAAUUUUGAAAGAUACAGUUACAGCUCAACUACUUCUUGAGAGAGAAAUUGCCAAACUGAAGUCUGAUGUUACAGAUCUUUACAAAAGAAAAGACAGAUAUAAAGUAUGGCUACAAGGAAGAGGAAAAACAGAUGAAUACUUGCAUUUAUUAGAGGAUGACAAUAUACAUAAACUUGAAGAACUUUAUGCUCAUAGAGAAAUGAGUAGUUGGAAAGUUAAUUGUACUAGAGAAGAAGCAGAAAAACUUCUUAUGGGCAAACCUCAAGGCACAUUCUUAAUUCGGCCUAAUUCCACUGGUCAACUAGCUUUAUCUAUUUGUUGUAACAACAUGGUCUACCACUGUAUUAUCUUUAAGACUGAAAGAGGUUAUGGAUUUGCAGAACCUUAUAAUGUAUAUGAAACAUUAAACGAGCUUGUCCUUCAUUAUGCUGUGAACUCUUUAGAAGAACACAAUGAACAAUUGAAAACAGAACUGAAGUACCCGGUGAAUGCACAUGCUGUGAAGAAACCUGAAAAAAAGCAGUAA